UAUGGGGUCUCCCCAAAAUAACCGGGUUGCUUUGAUUCUUAAGUAUAGUGAACUUUUUUAACACUUUUGAUUUUAUAGUUUUUUUUUUUUAUUUUUCAGUAAGGGUUUAUAUGGUCAUCUUUUAAUUGAUCCUCUCUUCCUUGUGCGUUUUGUGAGGACUAUUGGCCCUGUGUCUUUGUGGGAAGUGUUCAUGCCUGAAUGUCCUUAGUGAUCAAUCGCUGUAUUCAUCCGGGGCAUUCGAUUGUUUGGCUGAGAUUUGGUUUUACUGGUUUUCAUGUUUUUGAGUGUCCUUUUGUUAAUUGUCGCAGAGUAAUAUUUUCAUCAUUUACUGUUGUCUUUUGAAAAUAAGCUUACGUCAAAUUGCCCAAUGAUUUCAUCAUGUUAAAGAGCAUUUGUGUCAGCGAGUUGCAACACUCAAUUUCAGCUAGAUUUUAGAUUCUUCUGAUAGGUGCUACAACGGAGGUUAUGUAUGAAUACUAGUGGGGAAAGUGCUUAGCGAAAUUUCGUUGCAUAUUUCCAUUUUUUUAGACACGAUGAAAAGGUUUUUGCUUGAUUUUAGAAGUAUUUUACAAGAGAGUAUUUUGGCGGUCUUUCAAUUGAUACUCAAUGGACGGGGAAUGAAAUAUAAAAUUGAUUAUUGAACAAUAGUAUCAAAUUAAUGAAAUUUGUAGUGUAUUUCGCAACCAAAAGGAAAGAGGGUCUAAAUCGAUCUUUGUUAAAAGGCGUCAACGUCAUCUGUUGGAAACGGCGUCGUCAUGUCAGAUUUACAAAAUGAAGACAUUUUUCCUUGAAUAUUUUAUCAUUAAUUUGUUUCUAUCUGGUUUAUUCGUUUGCAUUGAUGUUUAAGAAAAUCUUGGAAUUUAUCCCAAUUGUAUAAUAAACAAUAACCCUUGGUUAAAUGAUGGAAAAUUGUUUCUUGACUUUAAAAUUGGUUAUCAUGUAUUUAUGUGGUGAAGAGGGCAUGCAAUGAAAAAUUGAAACACUGGCCCUCAAAAGUUGAGUCCGUCGAAAACCAUCAAACACGCAGAGAGAGGUAAUUUCAUUUCACCCAUCCUAAUAAUUUCGAUGAAAUGGUAGGUUUUGGUUUGAUGCAGCGUGUGGGUGUGGUCUUGACACCGUGCCAUGGACAACACAAACCGAGAACUUGUGAAUUUAGGGUAAGAAUCCGAUGUUCCUCCAACAUUUAUGUGUCUAGGAAGACAGUGCUGGAGAAAGUGGACGAGGAGCUAGCAAAGGGAGAUGACAGAGCAGCGCUUGCACUUGUGAAGGAUUUGCAGGGUAAGCCUGGUGGGCUUCGAUGUUUCGGUGCAGGCAGACAGGUGCCUCAAAGGCUUUACACCUUGGAUGAAUUGAAGCUAAAUGGAAUUGAAACUUUGUCUCUUCUGUCGCCUGUGGACACGACUCUUGGUUCAAUAGAAAGAAAUCUUCAGAUUGCUGCUAUUCUAGGAGGUCUUGCUGCAUGGAAUGCCUUUGGAAUUUCCCCACAACAAAUCUUCUAUAUAUCACUGGGGUUGCUCUUUCUAUGGACACUAGACGCGGUCUCUUUUGGUGGAGGUAUUGGUAGCUUGGUUGUUGAUACAAUUGGUCACACUUUCAGUCAGAAAUACCACAAUAGGGUUAUUCAACAUGAAGCUGGCCACUUUCUAAUUGCUUAUCUGAUAGGAAUACUUCCUAAGGGAUAUUCUAUUUCUAGUUUGGAUGCUCUGCAGAAGGAGGGAUCUUUGAAUAUUCAAGCAGGCACAGCCUUUGUGGAUUUUGAAUUUCAAGAAGAAGUUAAUACAGGAAAAGUAUCAGCUACAACAUUGAACAGAUUUUCAUGUAUAGCAUUGGCUGGGGUGUCUGCGGAGUAUCUUCUAUAUGGAUUUUCUGAAGGAGGUCUGGAUGACAUAAGAAAGUUGGAUUUACUGCUCAAGGGAUUAGGCUUCACACAGAAGAAGGCAGAUUCUCAAGUUAGAUGGUCUUUGCUAAACACGGUCUUGCUCUUGAGGAGGCAUGAAGCAGCUCGAGCUAAGGUUGCUGAGGCUUUGUCAAUGGGAAAAUCUGUAGGAACCUGCAUUGACAUUAUAGAGAGCUCUAUCGAUGAUUCAGAUCUUUAACGAAGCUUUUGAUUAUUCCCUUCUAUAUGUUGAUUAAUAUUUCUUUAAAUUUUCAUUUGGUAUCUCUGUCUUGCUCCGUUACUAGAGAAAAAUGUUAGAAGAUUGGCAAGUUGAUGACUAUAGAUGAGUGCACGACUAUGUAGCUUGAUAGACGUGUUUAUCAAAUGUAUUCGGGGUACUUUUGCCCACCUCCUAAGUUAGAGAUAUGUGUAUACUGUUGCGUAGACCAAGUUGGAUCCCAACCAAGCCACCCCAUCCUUUCAUCUCUCACAGAUUUUGCAAUGUAAUGCUCUGAUUGCAUUAUCUAUUGGCUUAAAUCCUUAAUUGGUCUCCAUGUUAGGAGGGAAUUUUCAGUUUAGUACCCGUUUUUAAAUGUGUAUACAUUGCGUCUCCAUGUUUUGUAAUUUGUGUCAAUUUAGUGAAUUAAUGACAUUUCAAACAAGUUUGUAACAGUAA